CACAUCAUCUUGGGAUUUUUUCCCAGCGGUGCUUGCAGGGCUAGGAUCAUGUUUCAGUGUCGGGUGGUCUGCAGUCCAGCUUUCUGCCAACAUCUUGAAUAAGUACUUAUAUAUGUCUCUAUCUCCCUGGGCACCUCUGCAUGGGGUCUGUAACCUAUCAAAGAUUAAUAACUAAUGACUUACUGUGUUUUCGGUCUAGCGUAUACAGACAUGCCUAUGCCAUAGUCUUCAUUCUGAAGGCACACAAAGUGCACGUCGUGUACACAGAUAAAGGUCAAAAUCACACACUGCUGGCACCAGGGAGGCGUGUACCACAAUGUCUGGUGGUUUGUCAGUUACACUGGCGCCUUGUCUCUUCCAGGUGACGUCUGAAGCAUGAGCGCCCACAAUAACACCUCCUGCAGCCUGAUGCUGCCACCCUGCUUAACCGGUCUCUACUUCACGGUGCUCAUCGGGGGGCUGGCGGGCGUCAUCUCCAUUCUGUUCCUGCUGGUGAAAAUGAACACCCGCUCUGUGACCACCAUGGCCGUCGUCAACCUGGUGGUGGUCCACAGUGUCUUCCUGCUGACGGUGCCUUUCCGCCUGACCUACCUCAUCCGGAGGACGUGGCUAUUCGGGCUGCCCUUCUGUAAGUUCGUGAGCGCCAUGGUGCACAUCCACAUGUACCUCACGUUCCUGUUCUACAUGGUGAUCCUGGUCAUCAGGUACCUGAUGUUCUUCAAGCACAAGGACAAGGUGGAGUUCUACAGGAAACUGCACGCCGUGGCCGCCAGUGCUGGCUUGUGGCUGCUGGUGAUCGUCAUUGUGGUGCCCCUGAUUGUUUCUCAGUACGGAAGUGCCGAGAUGUAUGACAAAAAACAGUGUUUUAAUUUCCACAAAGAGCUUGCUCAACCAAACGUCGUAAUCAUCAACUAUUUGAUCGUCGUCAUUGCCAUAGCGGCCACGGUGGUUCUGCUGGUGUUCCAGAUCUUCAUCAUCACGUCGAUGGUGCGGAGGCUGCGCCACUCCCUGCUGUCGCACCAGGAGUUCUGGGCCCAGCUGAAAAACCUGUUUUUCAUAGGGGUCAUCGUUAUUUGCUUCCUUCCCUACCAGUUAUUUAGGAUCUAUUACCUGCACACUGUGACGCCCUCGGAUACCUGUAACAAUGAUGUAGCAUUUUAUAACGAAAUCUUCUUGAGUGUCACGGCCAUCAGCUGCUUUGAUUUGCUGCUCUUUGUGCUCGGGGGAAGCCACUGGUUUAAGCAAAAGAUAAUUGACCUGUGGAAUUGCCUUUUGUGUCGUUAGCCACCAAACACUGUUCUUCAGGCUUACUUCCUUUAUCCUGGGGGUGAAAAUGGGUCGCGGGAGGUAGGAGGGCAAUUCUAUUAUGUGAUUAAAACCAUGUCUCGAGGCAGCCAAACGAAAGGGCUGUGACAUGCCAGAGCACCCAUUGCAUUCCAGGCCUGAUUUAGCCCCCACCACCUCCAACCGAUGCCCACGCAGAGACCAGUCAUGCGCAAUCCACCUGGAGUUGCAGUGCUGCGUUACUUUUCAACACACAGCGUCUCCUUGGCCUGUCCAGGCACCAGGGCUCUAAUGGUGUCUGAGUUUCACUAGUUGGUUUUUGUUUCCUGAGUCAGAAACAUGGUGUUUCUUAAGCCCUGUUGUAGUCGGUUCUUGACGUUUCACGUGAAACCCGAGGUAAGCUACCUCUUGCUAUGAUUCAGCUUGAGAGCACACACUUGACUGUGCUCCCCAGAUAAGACGCCCAUUCUUCUCUCACACUGACA